AUGCAGUAUGAGGCGUUGUCAUGGAAGGAGUGAGUGUCUGUCCAACACAGCUUAUGAAUAGCUGCUACUGAGGUGAGGACGCUUUAUGGUAGCUGACAGUUGACGCUCAGUUUUCCCUCCAAGGCGUUUUGUGUGCGACCUUCCUUUAAUAACCUUCCAUGGCCCACUGUAAUUCAGAUUCCUCUUUCUUCCAAAUGUCACAUCUCUCACGCUACCAUGUCAGUCUGAGAACACACUGUUGGAUCACUCUCCUGUCCAUGGAAUCACUGGAGGCUGGUGCUUGAUCACCACUGAUCGGUUUUCUGCUUCAGCCAACUAAUCUCUCUGUAGUGCUUGUUGUCAUGCCAUCCAUGUUUGCCUGCUGUGAAUAAAUCGCAAGCAUAAGAGGCCUUAUAGUGGUCAACAGCACAAACAAAUGAGGCAUCUUAUUCUUAGUCCCCAACACCACCUGGUCCUCCAGGGUAGAUCCACGGCAUCCCAGAAUUCCUCUGCUAGCCCAGCUGUCCAUAUAGUCACAUAGCUCAGCUUCCAUAGGGGCACCAUAGAUAUCCCAUUCCAUAGGGGCACCAUAGAUAUCCCAGGCUGCCUGAGGCCACAGGACCCCACAUACACUACAUGACCAAAAGUAUGUGGAAACCUGCUCGUCGAACAUCUCAUUCCAAAACCAUGGGCAUUAAUAUGGAGUUGGUCCCCCCUUUGCUGCUAUAAUAGCCUCCACUCUUCUGGGAAGGCUUUCCACUAGACGUUGGAACAUUGCUGCAGGGAUUUGCUCCAUUCAGCCAAAGCAUUAGUGAGGUUGGGCAAUUAGGCCUGGCUCGCAGUUGGCGUUCCAAUUCAUCCCAAAGGUGUUCGAUGGGGUAGAGGUCAGGGCUCUGUGCAGGCCAGUCAAGUUCUUCCAAACCAAUCUCAACAAACCAUUUCUGUAUAGACCUCACUUUGUGCACGAGGGCAUUGUCAUGCUGAAACAGGAAAGGGCCUUCCCCAAAUUGUUGACACAAAGUUGGAAGCACAGAAUCGUCUAGAAUGUCAUUGUAUGCUGUAGCGUUAAGAUUUCUCUUCACUGGAACUAAGGGGCCUUGCUCGAAUCAUGAAAAACAGCCCCAGACCAUUAUUCCUCCUCCACCAAACUUUACAGCUGGCACUAUGCAUUGGGGGCAGGUAGCGUUCUCCUGGCAUCUGCCAAACCCAGAUUAGUCAGUCGGACUGCCAGAUGGUGAAACGUGAUUCAUCACGCCAGAGAACGCGUUUCCACUGCUCCAGUCCAAUGGUGGUGCGCUUUACACCACUCCAGCCAACGCUUGGCAUUGCGCAUUGUGAUCUUAGGCUUGUGUGUGGCUGCUCGGCCAUGGAAACCCAUUUCAUGCUCCUAGACAUUUCCACUUCACAGUAACAGUACUUACUGUUGACUGGGGCAGCUCUAGCAGGGCAGAAAUUUGACAAACUGACUUGUUGGAAAGGUGGCCUAUGACGGUGCCACGUUGAAAGUCGAUGAGCUCUUCAGUAAGGCUAUUCUACUGCCAAUGUUUGUCUAUGGAGAUUGCAUGGCGGUGUGCUCGAUUUUAUACACCUGUCAGCAACGGUGUGGCUGAAAUUGCUGAAUACACUAAUUUGAAGGGGUGUCCACAUACUUCUGUAUAUAUGAUGUAGCUCUCAUGCACCCAAGAGAAGGCUUACUGUAAUUGGCUCAAUGGCUCUGUGUGAUGAUGGCUCUGGAAUUUUGUAUUCUAUAAUGGGGAGGCUUCCUGAGCUCUUGCCAGUCCGGAUUCUGCUUUAGCCAAUAAUAGCCAGCUCCUUUACUGUGUCAGGCCAAGAAACAUGGACAGAGGAGUUACUGAAACGAGAAACCAACUUGGCUACAAAGCAAGCUUAGACUGACUUCAUAAACACAAUAAAUGGUAUUCACAACAGCGGAGUUGUUAUGGGUACUAGGAGUGUUGUUUAGGAAUCCAACCGUUGUCCAUCUUGUUUACUGCUGUUUGUGUUUGGACACACAGAAAUGCUGUCACACCCUUUCUCUGGCUAGCCGUGCCGUGUGCUUGUCUGGACAUCUCAUCAGUCCUGGCACACACACGUCAGUCACAUUACAGUGUGGAUUCCCUGCUCAGCGUCAUAGACCAAACUAGGCUCUGAGCUGAUCACAGUUAGCCAGACAGAAGUUGUUGUACUCUUUCAGAUCCUUCUGGUCUGUUUGUUUUUCUGUUUAGUCCUUUCUCUUCAGUCUCUUUGAUGUCUCUGUCUGUGAAGUCUCUGUCUGUGAAGUCUCUGUCUGUGAAGUCUCUGUCUGUCUGUGAAGUCUCUGUCUGUGAAGUCUCUGUCUCUGUCUGUGAAGUCUCUGUCUCUGUCUGGGAAGUCUGUCUCUGUCUGGGAAGUCUGUCUCUGUCUGGGAAGUCUGUCUCUGUCUGGGAAGUCUGUCUCUGUCUGGGAAGUCUGUCUCUGUGUGGGAAGUCUGUCUCUGUGUGGGAAGUCUGUCUCUGUCUGGGAAGUCUCUGUGUGUGAUGUUAGGGUGAGUGUGUUAUAUCUGAGUGUAAGAAUGAUGGAAAAGAGAAACCGACAGUGGCACCCCUGGCGCCAUGUAAUCAAAACACACACACACAUCCCCAGGAUCUCCCCCUGUAGAGAAGAAAGCGGUGGAAUCCCCUGUUCCUGUGCCAUGUACUAACAGGGCUCAGCCCGAACACACGGCGUUCCCUGUUCCUAAGCCAUGGGCCUGUGGAGGAGUCAGGAGACCCCCUCCACACUGUCUGUCUGACCCAGCUGUUUUGGGAUUGCUGGGGCCCUCCGUGGGUCGGGAAUGACGCAAGGGAGAGGUGGAGAGGGAGAGAGAGGUGUGGAGGAAUCAGCCGGUGGAAUUCCUGAGUUCGAGUUCUGUUUUUGUAACAAUUGUCAUGGUUUCUGUUGAUCUGUUCUGACAGUCUGUCCGUCUGUCCCCUGGCUGCUCCGUACGUCUCUCUGUCUCCCCCCUGCCCUGUUCCCACAGGCAUUAUUCUGAGCUGUCGAUUUUCCCUCCCUCCCCCUCUAGUUUUAUAAUAAUAAAAUAAUAUGCCAUUCAGCAGACGCUUUUAUCCAAAGCGACUUACAGUCAUGUGCGCAUACAUUUUUACGUAUGGGUGGUCCCGGGGAUCGAACCCACUACCCUGGCGUUACAAGCGCCAUGCUCUACCAAUUGAGCUGGUGCUGGUUCAUUUAGUUUCACAGCCUUGCUGAUUUAAAAAAAGACACUCCAUGUUCCAUACUGGGCAUGUUCUGUACAACAGACACUCCAUGUUCCAUACUGGGCAUGUUCUGUACAACAGACACUCCAUGUUCCAUACUGGGCAUGUUCUGUACAACAGACACUCCAUGUUCCAUACUGGGCAUGUUCUGUACAACAGACACUCCAUGUUCCAUACUGGGCAUGUUCUGUACAACAGACACUCCAUGUUCCAUACUGGGCAUGUUCUGUACCUAAGUUGGUACAGCAGACACUAGUUUUGAACUGGCAAAAAAUGGCAUAAAAAUGCUCUAAAGAAGAGUUGAAAAUGUAUUUUUCAAUGUAGUUCUUUAGACAGAUUGCAGACAACACUGUGGAAGUUGCCAUACAGUUUCACCAUCUGACAGCUGGACAAGGCUGGCCUAGUUUCUCUGCAGUAUGAAGUCGUUUUCUGCCCUGGCUUCAGAGUGCUGUGAAAUCACAAUUUCAGAGCAUUCAUCUGCCCUUUAACGCUCCAAACAGCAGUAACAGCCUAGCAACAGUCUCCAUGAAGACGUUUCUGAUGAGUCAUCUGUUUCAUAGAGAACAUUCCUGUGUUGCCCAGCUGGGAGUGGCUGGUAUCAUUCAUGCCUGACCUUUGACCUCCAUCCCUGGCCACCAAUCAAAACAGGGCAUGUAGCUGACUGGACUUCAAUGAGGCAGCCGUCAACAGGCAGGGAUGAGGGAGAUUAGAGGAAUAUAGUUACAUGUCAACACCAUUCAUUCUACUGGACAGAGUUGUCAGAGGACCAAAGGGGCUGGGAAAAAUGAAUCAGUGCAGUUAUAAACUACAGGCAUAACCUUUCAACUCAGUGUCCCUAACCCCAGGAACUUCUGUCUACAUCUUCUGCGUAACAAAGUUCCUCCACCAACAUUCGUUUUUAUAAACAAAGAGUUCAGUUCACUUUCUUCCUGUGACAAAGCAGUGUGGAACAUAUGGAAUUCAUAACCUUGUUACACAAUGAAACGCAAGACGAUGCAUUUACAGGCGUUUGAUCAUUCAACACACUGCCUCUAUGAAACGACUUUCCCAUGUCUCUAACCUGUAGCUGCUGUACCGCUGAGCUGUAUACUACAUCACAGUAAAGAUCUGUCUGUAUGUAAGUGGUGGUUUGUCGUGCACAGAUUGAGCGGCGCAUGGAGAUGGUGCGUGUGGUGUCCCACAACACACACAAGAGGAUGGUCACGUGUCUGCAGGGCCACAUUGGCACCGACACAGAGAAGAGACAUGUAAGUAUCAUUAACAUUAUUCCUGACCAAAUCACUAGAUCAAAGAUAAGCAUAUAUUUAUGAUUUAUUCCCCAUUAACACUAGAUUCCCCCCUUGAAAAUAAUGUUCAAUAUCAGCAAUUAGUGUUUUUUUGUUGUUGUUUACAUCUCAUGAUCCAACAUGUUGUGUCAAUGCCAGUCCGUACCAUGCCUAUAAACAGGAAAUGGUCAGGUGAAAAUACCCAUUUUUACUUCCUCAUAGCUACAUCUGUAGCUCUGCUCAACCCUCCUUCAUUACAGCUUUAUGAGAAUAGAAAGGCAUCAUACUGUCUAGUUUUUACAGUAUGUCAAAGUAGCUCUUAACAUCACAAUAACAGUAACGUCAUUCUUUUUACCGUUCUAUAUUGUCUCAUUUUUAUUUAUUUUUGUAUUAACCCGUCCCUCUUCGGAGGACAAAUAUACAGUUGAAGUCGGAAAUUUACAUACACCUUAGCCAAAUACAUUUAAACUCAGUUUUUCACGAUUCCUGACAUUUAAUCCUAGUAAAAAUUCCCUGUCUUAGUUCAGUUAGGAUCACCACUUAAUUUUAAGAAUGUCAGAAUAAUAGUAGAGAAUGAUUUAUUUCAGCUUUUAUUUCUUUCAUCACAUUCCCAGUGGGUCAGAAGUUUACAUACACACAAUUAGUAUUUGGUAGCAUUGCCUUUAAAUUGUUUAACUUGGGUCAAACGUUUUGGGUAGCCUUCCACAAGCUUCCCACAAUAAGUUGGGUGAAUUUUGGCCCAUUCCUCCUGACAGAGAUGGUGUAACUGAGUCAGGUUUGUAGGCCUCCUUGCUCGCACACGCUUUUUCAGUUCUGCCCACAAAUGUUCUAUAGGAUUGAGGUCAGGGCUUUGUGAUGGCCACUCCAAUAUGUUGACUUUGUUGUCCUUAAGCCAUUUAGCCACAACUUUGGAAGUAUGCUUGGGGUCAUUGUCCAUUUGGAAGACCCAUUUGCGACCAAGCUUUAACUUCUUGACUGAUGUCUUGAGAUGUUGCUUCAAUAUAUCCACAUAAUUUUCCUUCCUCAUGAUGCCAUCUAUUUUGUGAAGUGCACCAGUCCUUCCUGCAUUAAAGCACCCCCACAGCAUGAUGCUGCCACCCCGUGCUUCAAGGUUGGGAUGGUGUUCUUCAGCUUGCAAGCCUUCCCCAUUUUCCUCCAAACAUAACGAUGGUCAUUAUGGCCAAACAGUUCUAUUUUUGUAUCAUCAGACCAGAGUACAUUUCUCUAAAAAGUACGGUCUUUGUCCCCAUGUGCAGUUGCAAACCGUAGUCUGGCUUUUUUAUGGCGGUUUUGGAGCAGUGGCUUCUUCCUUGCUGAGCGGCCUUUCAGGUUAUGUCAAUAUAGGACUCGUUUUACUGUGGAUAUAGAUACUUUUGUACCUGUUUCCUCCAGCAUCUUCACAAGGUCCUUUGCUGCUGUUCUGGGAUUGAUUUGCACUUUUCGCACCAAAGUACGCUCAUCUCUAGGAGACAGACCGUGUCUCCUUCCUGAGCGGUAUGACGGCUGCGUGGUCCCAUGGUGUUUAUACUUGCGUACUAUUGUUUGUACAGAUGAACGUGGUACCUUCAGGCGUUUGGAAAUUGCUCCCAAGGAUGAACCAGACUUGUGGAGGUCUACAAUUAUUUUUCUGAGGUCUUGGCUGAUUUCUUUUCAUUUUCAAAUGAUGUCAAGCAAAGAGGCACUGAGUUUGAAGGUAGGCCUUGAAAUACAUCCACGGGUACACCUCCAAUUGACUCAAAUGAUGUCAAUUAGCCUAUCAGAAGCUUCUAAUGCCUGACCCACUGGAAUUGUGAUACAGUUAAUUAUAAGUGAAAUAAUCUGUCUGUAAACAAUUGUUGGAAAAAUUACUUGUGUCAUGCACAAAGUAGAUGUCCUAACCGACUUGCCAAAACUAUAGUUUGUUAAAAAUAAAUGUGUGGAGUGGUUGAAAAACGAGUUUUAAUGACUUCAACCUAAGUGUAUGUAAACUUCCGACUUCAACUGUGUGUGUAUAUAUAUAUAUAUUUUUUUUACAUAUAUUGUCUAACUUAAUGACAAUGGAUAUGGACUUUCCAUUGAUAAACCCUCAAAAGGAAAGCACUAGAAACCUCUUGUUGACUUAGUAAAUUGUUGGUCCCUCAGUUGGUAUUUAAUAAAUGUCUCUCUCUCUCUCUCUCUCUCUCUCUCUCUCUCUCUCUCUCUCUCUCUCUCUCUCUCUCUCUCUCUCUCUCUCUCUCUCUCUCUCUCUCUCUCUCUCUCUCUCUCUCUCUCUCUCUCUCUCUCUCUCUCAACACACCUCACAGAAAAAGCUUCCUCUGACAGCGCUGUCUCAAGCCAUGGUGGACGGAGGCAGUCAGCUGGGAGAGGAGUCUCUGAUUGGGUGAGUGUGGGUGAAUUGACGGGUUAGACAACCAAUCUGUCUGACACUGUGGUUAUAUGGAACAGAUGAACCCUAGAGAGAUGGAGAAUAUGUGGCUAACAAACGGACUUAAUUAUUAUCAACUGUCUUUUCAGUCAUUUCUUGUUUUUGUGGAGGAUCAGAAAGUGUCUAGUGUGGAUGUGUCUAUCCACGUAAUGAGGAUGUUUGCCAGACUGAUUCUCCAUUUAACAACACUAGCUACAUUGUUGCCUUGUUCGCAUAGUAAGACAGUGACAGAAACAGACAGGCACUCAGACUAGAGGAUCUAGAAACUACCCAGUGAUUUACUGUCUGCUUUUAGGAGGAAGUGAAUCUAUCUCAUUUGACAACUUGCCAAUAUUUAAUAUGAUGUAUUUGUGGAUGUGGAAUGAUGAAUUUGGAAGGUAUUGCCAAAGGCGACUGAGAUGACCCUCAGCAGUUAUCAGUCAUUAUUUUGAAGGACAGGAAUGGUGUGACUUCUGACCCCGAUGGCUCUUCCUGUGGGGUCUGAAAGACCUUUGACCUGUGUGUGUGUGUCUCCUCCUGACAGGAAGAUGAUGGAGGUGUGCGGGGAGGCAGAGAACAGGCUGGCGUCAGAGCUGCUGCAGCACGAGGUCCAGAUGGAGAAAGAUGUGCUAGACCCCCUCAACCAGCUAGCAGAGGUGAGGAGGAGGCGAUAUCGAGUGCCUUAUUCCAUCCAAACCUGUCUCAAGAGUAUCCAAUAUAUUAGUCAAAAACAUUCUUACUCAUCACAAAUAAUUGAGUCAAUAUGUAUUCAAUGUGUAUUUGGAAAAGCGCCAUACGUUCUCAACAGACGUGUGAUCCAUCCACAUUCUCAGGUGGACAUUCCCAACAUCCUGAAACAGAGGAAGCAGCUAGCCAGGCUAGUUCUGGACUACGAUUCUGCCAGAGCGAGGUGAGCCCAUGUACAUCUAUCGCCUUUAUUAACAUUUAUAUUGUGCUUAUAACAUGUUUUAAAGUUUUAUAACAACGUUCUAACCUGUUCUGUGGUCUACCUCUUCCAGGUGGUUGCAGGCAACCAAGUCGAUAAUCUCAGGAACAAACACUCAAGCACUGACGGCCAAGGCAGACCUGCUCAAAGAGGAGGUGGAUGAAGCUAUGAACAAAAUGGAACUGUGCAAGGUAAGGCCUUAAAUUGAUAAAUCACCCCACAGUUAAAAGUUUGUCUGACAUUCUGCUAAAUUAAUUAGGAUAAAUCACAGGCCUCAAUCCGAAAUGAAUGGUAGUUGCUUACAGGAGCAGAAGAGGAAGUGAAAAUUGAAAGUUUUGACAGGAGAAGGUAAGGUAAGGACAGAAGUGGACAUUCCGCACCCAGCGGAGUCAUGGCUGUUUGAUUUAGGAAGAAGGAAUGCCCAGUCAGCUGUGUGUGUGCCUCUCUCUCUCGCUCUCUGUUUCUGUCUCUGUCUCUCUGUUUCUGUCUCUGUCUCUCUGUUUCUGUCUCUGUCUCUCUGUUUCUGUCUCUGUCUCUCUGUUUCUGUCUCUGUCUCUCUGUCUCUGUCUCUCUGUUUCUGUCUCUGUCUCUCUGUCUCUGUCUCUGUCUCUCUGUUUCUGUCUCUGUCUCUCUGUCUCUGUCUCUCUGUUUCUGUCUCUGUCUCUCUGUUUCUGUCUCUGUCUCUGUCUCUCUGUUUCUGUCUCUGUCUCUCUGUUCUGUCUCUGUCUCUCUGUCUCUGUCUCUCUGUCUCUGUCUCUCUGUCUCUGUCUCUCUGUCUCUGUCUCUCUGUCUCUGUCUCUCUGUCUCUGUCUCUCUGUCUCUGUCUCUCUGUCUCUGUCUCUCUGUUUCUGUCUCUGUCUCUCUGUGUGUGUUGCAGACUGAUAGUAUUGUGUGUGUGUGUGUGUGUGUGUGUGUGUGUGUGUGUGUGUGUGUGUGUAUUGAGUUAGUGGUGUGGUGUGUGUCAGGUCUUCUUUCCAGGAAGCUACAUGCCUCAGUGUUUUUCUUCCUCUGCGCUCCAGGCCUGUUGAGCCCUGCUCUACACUGCUAAUAAACCCUGGUCCUGCAGACAGCAGACAGAUUUAUGAGUCACUGUGGAAGGCUUAAUGGCCCUACCCAGCACUAACACUAACAGAGCUGCCACCUGAAAUACAUUGAUUGGAUUUUGAUAUAAAGGAGAGCAGAGAGGUGGAUGGGUUUAGGUCGAUAAUAAAACCGGCAGGAAUUUCCCUUUUAUAGUAAAAUGACUGUUGAUGGAUCAAAUGUUUUAAGUCCUGAGAGUUGGUCCUUCUCUGUCAUCUGGUUCUAAUGAUCUGUUGUCUGCUCCUCUCUCUCAGGACCAACUGGCUGCAGACAUGUACAAUUUCUUCUCAAAGGAAGGGGACUAUGCCCGCUACUAUGUAAUGGUGAAUCAGUCUGUGUGUGGGAAUGUUCAUAGCUGUAGAUUGACUGGUGAACAGUUUAUUGUUUUGUUUGUUGUAUUGCCUCUCAUUGUUGACUGACUCUCUCUCUCUCUUUUUCUCUCUCUCUUUUUCUCUCAAUUUCUCUCUCUCUCUCUCUCUCUCUCUCCCUCUCUCUCUCUCCCCCCCCCCCCCCACUGUUCUGUUGUGUUCCCAGCUCUUAGAGGCCCAAGCCGAUUACCAUAGGAAAUCUCUGACUAUUCUCGAGAGUGUCCUGCCAACCAUUCAAGCACAGCAAGGUACACUAUACUCCUGCUCCCCCCCCCCAAACCCCCUCUCAUAGCCAGGUGCAGUACAGCUUCCGAUGAGUCAUCCGUUUCAUAGGGAACAGCCCAGUUCCCCUCUCACUGUGCUGGGUGAAGUUGCCCAGAAGUUAUCCUCCUCCAAUUCCUUUCGUUAACCAUGAGGGAGGAAAACGCAUACGUGUCCAGUACUACUACAAAUCUAGUUAGGGACAUCUUGAUCCUACCCCUCCCCCCUAAAUCACAGCAAGAUACAGACCAGUCCUCACCUCCUCCUUCUAAAAACCCCUCUUUCUAUUUCUCUCUCCUGGCUCUUUUUUCCUUCAGGCCCAUAAAGGUUUAACUGAGCGUGACACAGGAACUCUGUCCAUUAGUACCAUGAUGAUGAUGAUGAUGAUGAUGAUGAUGAUGAUGAUGUUGAGUCAGGCUGAAGUCUUAAGUUACCAUCUAGGCUAUGCAUUUUCACCCUGCCUGCAUAGGCUACAGCUGUUUGCAUCUUGUUGUUUAUUUGUUAGACCACAUCAAUCACUUAUAACUAUGUUAAAGUGGCACAUCAACCAUCUCUCAAUCGAAGUAUUUGCUUAUAUUUCUAAAUGAUGGCUGAAGGUGUCUUGCAGGCUAUGUCAAGUAGAUCAUUGCUUAUUGUUCCUGUAGGACUGAAAAUGAUUGCAGGGAAGGCAUUAAUUUAGGUGUUUCCACUCUCUUUUUAGUAUGGGCUCGCUCUCUCUCUCUGUUCCUCACCAUUUCCCUCUAUGUGGUUGUAAAGCUGUGUUCUGCAGGCUGUGUUUUCUCUAGUAAACAGAGAAGACGUGGUCUAAAUCAGCCCUUCUCUCCCAGCAUGUGGUUUAUGAUGACUCAAACAUUCCACACUACUUACAGCUCACAUCAGACCUACCUGGGCUUUCAUUUCCACUGAGUGCACAGAAACUCACCAACAUGCCAUGGAUGGAGACCAUGUGGUUAUUAUUUACAGAUAUCUCUAUUGGAGGAGGAAGUGACUGAUGGUUGGCCAGAGGGGAUGUUGUUGACCAUUCACAGGCCUCCUAACCCCUCAUCCACACAGUCAUCCUACUGCCCUCUCAUGCUGCAGACCCGUAACAACUUAAGUUUUGUUACCACCAUGCUAACAGUGCUACCACUCUCUCUCUCCCCCGUCAGACUCGUGGACGGAGAAGCCAGCGUUUGGGACGGGGCUGGAGGAGCAUCUGAAGAGGAGUAGCAGAGAGAUCGCUCUGCCCUUAGAGGCCUGUGUCAUGAUGCUUCUGGAGACUGGCAUGAAGGAGGAGGUAGGGAGAGAGGGAUGGAGGGAAGCAUUGGAGGGAGGGGGAGCAAGGGAGAAAAGGAGGGUGAUCAUAGUAAGUUGAGGACAAAUAAAAGUAAAUAUGGAUGGGUGAAUUAAAUAAUACAAGGAUUAAUUAAAUUAAAUGAACCCAUGCAGAAACUUUUUGUGGAAAGUGGACCCAAACGCGAAACAUAAAAUGCACUUAAAACCAUUUAAAUUUAAUCGAAAAUGUAAUCUAAGUAAUCCCCAAAAGUAAUGAUUUAUCAUGAGGGCUAUAAACAAUAACUAGUAAUGCUGCAUACUCAAAGAAAGGUUCAAAUCUCACCUUUCUGGAAAAAAUGUUAUAAAUUGCUGCAGUGUCGUCACUUUUGAGGACACAAGCUCAAGUACACAGUAUAAAUAUAAUGAAAAUAUGAAAUAUUUUAUAUGAUGUAUUUCCUGUAUGAAUAAGGCUUGAAUUGACUUAUAUUUUUUCUAAAUAUAGUAUAAUCAAUUUAUAAAACAACUAACUAUAAAAUGUCACCUUCCUUAUAACUGUAAAAUACAUAUUUGUAUGUUUAGUGUCAGAGAAAAUUUGCAUUUUUUCUAAAGGUCUCUCUUCAUCAAAAUGAACGUCUCACAGAGCUCUAGCUUGGCUCGUUAGGAACUCGCCUUUCAUCUCAUAUUAAUCUUGUCCGUCUAUGACAGUGUUUUUUGUUUAAAAUCUAUGAAUUAUUUUAGAUUACUGGCUAUAAAUCUAUCCAUGCAUGUGCUACAGCGACAAAUCCAUUCUCUCCUACUGCGUUACGAUGUAAGGAUUCCAGACAUAUGCGUUGUUAGUGGCUGUGACGUAGGGUUCAGCCAGAAGCUGGACAGUCGAAUGAAAUGGUAGGCGGGACAUCACAUCUUCAAGUGCUGUUAGAUUUCACAUCCUGCUUCACAGAGGCAGAAGAGACAGACUCUUGUGUCUGUGAGAAUCAGGGCUACCGCUCAAUGCAAGCCAUUUCGAUCUAUGGUGUCCACAUAUAAGUGAAAAUCCAAAAACAGGGGACUUUACAUCUAAGAGGUUUAAGAACUGGUCAUAAACAUAUUUGAUCCCAUACAUUUUGAAAUGUUUACAGACAUGAAGAGAUGGGCAGAAAACAUUCAAAUCUGCUGCGACGUUCUCAGAGUUCUUUCCACUUGUAAGAGAUGCUAUUAAGUCCAGAAUUUGUGGGUGGAGCUAGAAAGUUGGCUGUCAGAAGUAUUACAAUGUAAACGUACAGUUGAAGUCGGAAGUUUACAUACACCUUAGCCAACUACAUUUAAACUCAGUUUUUCACAAUUCCUGACAUUUAAUCCUUGUAAAAAUUCCCUGUCUUAGAUCAGUUAGGAUCACCACUUUAUUUAAGAAUGUGAAAUGUCAGAAUAAUAGUAGAGAUAAUUAUUUAUUUCACCUUUUAUUUCUUUCAUCACAUUCCCAGUGGGUCAGAAGUAUACAUACACUCAAUUAGUAUUUGGUAGCAUUGCCUUUAAAUUGUUUAACUUGGGUCAGACGUUUCGGGUAGCCUUCCACAAGCUUCCCACAAUAAGUUGGGUGAAUUUUGGCCCAUUCCUCCUGACAGAGCUGGAGUAACUGAGUCAGGUUUGUAGGUCUCCUUGCUCGCACACACUUUUUCAGUUCUGCCAACAAAUGUUCUAUAGGAUUGAGGUCAGGGCUUUGUGAUGGCCACUCCAAUACGUUGACUUUGUUGUCCUUAAGCCAUUUUGCCACGACUUUGGAAGUAUGCUUGGAGUCAUUGUCCAUUUGGAAGACCCAUUUGCGACCAAGCUUUAACUUCCUGACUGAUGUCUUGAGAUGUUGCUUCAAUAUAUCCACAUAAUUUUCCUUCCUCAUGAUGCCAUCUAUUUUGUGAAGUGCAUCAGUCCCUCCUGCAGCAAAGCACCCCCACAGCAUGAUGCUGCCACCCCCGUGCUUCACGGUUGGGAUGGUGUUCUUCGGCUUGCAAGCAUCCCCAUUUUUCCUCCAAACAUAACGAUGGUCAUUAUGGCCAAACAGUUCUAUUUUAUGUUUCAUCAGACCAGAGGACAUUUCUCCAAAAAGUAUGAUCUUUGUCCCCAUGUGCAGUUGCAACCCGUAGUCUGGCUUUUUUAUGGCAUUUUUGGAGCAGUGGCUUCUUCCUUGCUGAGCGACCUUUCAGGUUAUGUCGAUAUAGGACUCGUUUUACUGUGGAUACUUUUGUACCUGUUUCCUCCAGCAUCUUCACAAGGUCCUUUGCUGUUGUUCUGGGAUUGAUUUGCACUUUUCGCACCAAAGUACGUUCAUCUCUAGGAGACAGAACGCGUCUCCUUCCUGAGCGGUAUGAUGGCUGCGUGGUCCCAUGGUGUUUAUACUUGCGUACUAUUGUUUGUACAGAUGAAUGUGGUACCUUCAGGUGUUUGGAAAUUGCUCCCAAGGAUGAACCAGACUUGUGGAGGUCUACAAUCUUUUUCUGAGGUCUUGGCUGAUUUCUUUAGAUUUUCCCAUGAUGUCAAGCAAAGAGGCACUGAUUUGAAGGUAGGCCUUGAAAUACAUCCACAGGUACACCUCCAAUUGACUCAAAUGAUGUCAAUUAGCCUAUCAGAAGCUUCUAAAGCCAUGACAUCAUUUUCUGGAAUUUUCCAAGCUGUUUAAAGGCACAGUCAACUUAGUGUACAGUGGCCACUCCAGGACCUUAAUGUGCUUCUUCUUGAGCCACUCCUUUGUUGCCUUGGCCGUGUGUUUUGGGUCAUUGUCAUGCUGGAAUACCCAUCCACGACCCAUUUUCAAUGCCCUGGCUGAGGGAAGGUGGUUCUCACCCAAGAUUUGACAGUACAUGGCCCCGUCCAUCGUCCCUUUGAUGCAGUGUGGUUGUCCUGUCCCCUUAGCAGAAUAACACCCCCAAAGCAUAAUGUUUCCACCUCCAUGUUUGACGGUGGGGAUGGUGUUCUUGGGGUCAUAGGCAGCAUUCCUCCUCCUCCAAACACGGCGAGUUGAGUUGAUGCCAAAGAACUCGAUUUUGGUCUCAUCUGACCACAACACUUUCACCCAGUUCUCCUCUGAAUCAUUCAGAUGUUCAUUGGCAAACUUCAGACGGGCCUGUAUAUUUGCUUUCUUGAGCAGGGGGACCUUGCGGGCGCUGCAGGAUUUCAGUCCUUCACGGCGUAGUGUGUUACCAAUUGUUUUCUUGGUGACUAUGGUCCCAGCUGCCUUGAGAUCAUUGACAAGAUCCUCCCGUGUAGUUCUGGGCUGAUUCCUCACCGUUCUCAUGAUCAUUGCAACUCCACGAGGUGAGAUCUUGCAUGGAGCCCCAGGCUGAGGGAGAUUGACAGAUCUUUUGUAUUUCUUCCAUUUGCGAAUAAUCGCACCAACUGUUGUCAGCUUCUCACCAAGCUGCUUGGCGAUGGUCUUGUAGCCCAUUCCAGCCUUGUGUAGGUCUACAAUCUUGUCCCUGACAUCCUUGGAGAGCUCUUUGGUCUUGGCCAUGGUGGAGAGUUUGGAAUCUGAUUGAUUGCUUCUGUGGACAGGUGUCUUUUAUACAGGUAACAAACUGAGAUUAGGAGCACUCCCUUUAAGAGUGUGCUCCUAAUCUCAGCUCGUUACCUGUAUAAAAGACACCUGGGAGCCAGAAAUCUUUCUGAUUGAGAGGGGGUCAAAUACUUAUUUCCCUCAUUAAAAUGCAAAUCAAUUUAUAACAUUUUUGACAUGCGUUUUUUUGUUGUUAUUCUGUCUCUCACUGUUCAAAUAAACCUACCAUUAAAAUUAUAGACUGAUCAUGUCUUUGUCAGUGGGCAAACAUACAAAAUCAGCAUGGGAUCAAAUACUUUUUUCCCUCACUGUAUGUAAACUCCUGACCCACUGGAAUUGUGAUACAGUGAAUUAUAUGUGAAAUAAUCUGUCUGUAAACAAUUGUUGGAAAAAUUACUUGUUUCAUGCACAAAGUAGGUGUCCUAACCGACUUGCCAAAAUAUAGUUUGUUAACAAGAAAUGUGUGGAGUGGUUGAAAAAUGAGUUUUAAUGACUCCAACCUAAGUGUAUGUAAACUUCCGACUUCAACUGUACUUUUAAUCCGUCUCUCUGCAUAUUUCUAGACAUGGUACAGUGGGGAAAAAAAGUAUUUAGUCAGCCACCAAUUGUGCAAGUUCUCCCACUUAAAAAGAUGAGAGAGGCCUGUAAUUUUCAUCAUAGGUACACGUCAACUAUGACAGACAAAAUGAGAUUUUUUUUUUCUCCGAAAAUCACAUUUGUAGGAUUUUUUUGAAUUUAUUUGCAAAUUAUGGUGGAAAAUAAGUAUUUGGUCAAUAACUAAAGUUUCUCAAUACUUUGUUAUAUACCCUUUGUUCGCAAUGACACAGGUCAAACGUUUUCUGUAAGUCUUCAAGGUUUUCACACACUGUUGCUGGUAUUUUGGCCCAUUCCUCCAUGCAGAUCUCCUCUAGAGCAGUGAUGUUUUGUAGCUGUCGCUGGGCAACAUGGACUUUCAACUCCCUCCAAAGAUUUUCUAUGGGGUUGAGAUCUGGAGACUGGCUAGGCCACUCCAGGACCUUGAAAUGCUUCUUACGAAGCCACUCCUUCGUUGCCCGGGCGGUGUGUUUGGGAUCAUUGUCAUGCUGAAAGACCCAGCCACGUUUCAUCUUCAAUGCCCUUGCUGAUGGAAGGAGGUUUUAACUCAAAAUCUCACGAUACAUGGCCCCAUUAAUUCUUUCCUUUACACGGAUCAGUCGUCCUGGUCCCUUUGCAGAAAAACAGCCCCAAAGCAUGAUGUUUCCACCCCCAUGCUUCACAGUAGGUAUGGUGUUCUUUGGAUGCAACUCAGCAUUCUUUGUCCUCCAAACACGACGAGUUGAGUUUUUACCAAUAAGUUCUAUUUUGGUUUCAUCUGACCAUAUGACAUUCUCCCAAUCCUCUUCUGGAUCAUCCACAUGCUCUCUAGCAAACUUCAGACGGGCCUGGACAUGUACUGGCUUAAGCAGGGGGACACGUCUGGCACUGCAGGAUUUGAGUCCCUGGCGGCGUAGUGUGUUACUGAUGGUAGGCUUUGUUACUUUGGUCCCAGCUCUCUGCAGGUCAUUCACUAGGUCCCCCCGUGUGGUUCUGGGAUUUUUGCCCACCGUUCUUGUGAUCAUUUUGACCCCACGGGGUGAGAUCUUGCGUGGAGCCCCAGAUCGAGGGAGAUUAUCAGUGUUCUUGUAUGUCUUCCAUUUCCUAAUAAUUGCUCCCACAGUUGAUUUCUUCAAACCAAGCUGCUUACCUAUUGCAGAUUCAGUCUUCCCAGCCUGGUGCAGGUCUACAAUUUUGUUUCUGGUGUCCUUUGACAGCUCUUUGGUCUUGGCCAUUGUGGAGUUUGGAGUGUGACUGUUUGAGGUUGUGGACAGGUGUCUUUUAUACUGAUAACAAGUUCAAACAGGUGCCAUUAAUACAGGUAACGAGUGGAGGACAGAGGAGCCUCUUAAAGAAGAAGUUACAGGUCUGUGAGAGCCAGAAAUCUUGCUUGUUUGUAGAUGACCAAAUACUUAUUUUCCACCAUAAUUUGCAAAUAAAUUCAUUAAAAAUCCUACAAUGUGAUUUUCUGGAGAAAAAAAAUCUCAUUUUGUCUGUCAUAGUUGACGUGUACCUAUGAUGAAAAUUACAGGCCUCUCUCAUCUUUUUAAGUGGGAGAACUUGCACAAUUGGUGGCUGACUAAAUACUUUUUUCCCCCACUGUAUAUGGGGGUGUAGUGAGAUACCCAAUGGGCUGGACAAUUCUCUUCUCACCACUCAUCUUGAAAAAACUUAUACUAAAAAUCCGCCCUCAUUAACACAAUGGAAAAAUCUAAUGAUUUUAUUUUUGAAAUAGCAUGGGUGACUGAGAAACACAUUGGUACAAUUUUGAGGCCAAGUGGCAAACAAUAAUGCAGGCACUAGUGAUGGGGCUGUGAGCAUGCGUGUCUGGGCAGAGGAGAUGUAGUCAUUGUUUGUCUGUGUGUAAGUUGUUGUUCGAAUGUAUAAGUGUGUACAGUGCAUUCAGAAAGUAUUCAGACCCCUGGACUUUUUCCACAUUUUGUUACAUUACAGUCCUAUUAUAAAAUGUAUUAAAUAAAUCCCUUAUCAAUCUACACACAAUACAGUGGCUUGCAAAAGUACAGCAAUCUUUAAGUCAUACCACAGAUUCUCAAUUGGAUUGAGGUCUGGGCUUUGACUAGGCCAUUCCAAGGCAUUUAAAUGUUUCCCCCUAAACCACUGAAGUGUUGCUUUAGCAGUAUGCUUAGGGUCAUUGUCCUGCUGGAAGGUGAACCUCCGUCCCACUCUCAAAUCUCUGGAAGACUGACACAGGUUUCCCUCAAAUUUCCCUGUAUUUAGCGCCAUCCAUCAUUCCUUCAAUUCUGACCAGUUUCCCAGUCCCUGCCAAUGGAAAAACAUCCCAACAGCAUGAUGCUGCCACCACCAUGGCUUUUGGCGAACACCAAACGUGUUUGCUUUUUUUUGUUCUUUAAGCAAUGGCUUUUUUCUGGCCACUCUUCCGUAAAGCCCAGCUCUGUGGAGUGUACGGCCUAAAGUGGUCCUAUGGAGAGAUACUCCAAUCUCCGCUGUGGAGCUUUGCAGCUCUUUUAGGGAUAUCUUUGGUCUCUUUGUUGCCUCUCUGAUUAAUGCCCUCCUUGCCUGGUCCGUGAGUUUUGGUGGGCGGCCCUCUCUUGGCAGGUUUGUUGUGGUUCCAUAUUCUUUCCAUUUUUUGAUAAUGGAUUUAAUGGUGCUCCGUGGGAUGUUCAAAGUUAAUUAUAUUUUUUUAUAACCCAACACUGAUCUGUACUUCUCCACAACUUUGUCCCUUACCUGUUUGGAGAGCUCCUUGGUCUUCAUGGUGCCGCUUGCUUGGUGGUGCCCCUUGCUUAGUGGUGUUGCAGACUCUGGGGCCUUUCAGAACAGGUGUAUAUAUACUCAGAUCAUGUGACACUUAGAUUGCACACAGGUGGACUUUAUUUAACUAAUUAUGUGACUUCUGUAGGUAAUUGGUUGCACCAGAUCAUAUUUAGGGGCUUCAUAGCAAAGGGGGUGAAUACAUAUGCACGCACCACUUUUCCGUAAUUUAUUUUUUUGAAUAUUAUGAAACAAGUUAUUUUUUUCAUUUCACUUCACCAAUUUGGACUAUUUUGUGUAUGUCCAUUACAUGAAAUCCAAAUAAAAAUCUAUUUAUAUUACAGGUUGUAAUGCAACAAAAUAGGAAAAACACCAAGGGGGAUGAAUAUUUCUGCAAGGCACUGUACCCCAUAAUGACAAAGCGAAAACAGGUUUUUAGAAAAUGUUGAUAAUUUAUUAAAUAAAUAAAAAAUUAAAACAUAUUUACAUAAGUAUUCAGACCCUUUGCUAUGAGACUCGAAAUUGAGCUCAGGUGCAUCCUGUUUCCAUUGAUCAUCCUUGAGAUGUUUCUACAGCUUAAUUGGAGUCCCCCUGUGGUAAAUUCAAUUGAUUGGACAUUAUUUGGAAAGGCACACACCUGUCUAUAUAAGGUCCCACAGUUGACGGUGCAUGUCAGAGAAAAAACCAAGCCAUGAGGUUGAAGGAAUUGUCCGUAGAGCUCCGAGACAGGAUUGUGUCAAGGCACAGAUCUGGGGAAGGGUACCAAAACAUUUCUGCAGCAUUGAAGGUCCCCAAGAUCACAGUGGUAUGUCAGAUUUGACCUAGAUAGUUUGUGUAUAUAGUUCUGUCCUUGAGCUGUUCUAGUCUAUUAAUGUUAUGUGUUAUGUCAUGUUUCAUGUUAUGUGUGGACCCCAGGAAGAGUAGCUGCUGCUUUUGCAACAGCUAAUGGGGAUCCUAAUAAAAUACCCCAAAAAAGUGGCCUCCAUCAUUCUUAAAUGGAAGAAGUUUGGAACCACCAAGACUCUUCCUAUAGCUGGCUGCCCGGCCAAACUGAGCAAUUGGGGGAGAAGGGCCUUGGUCAGGGAGGUGACCAAGAACCCGAUGGUCACUCUGACAGAGCUCCAGAGUUCCUCUGUGGAGAUGGGAGAACCUUUCAGAAGGACAACCAUCUCUGCAGCACUCCACCUAUCAGGCAUUUAUGGUAGAGUGGCCUGACGGAAGCCACUCCUCAGUAAAAGGCACAUGACAGCCCACUUGGAGUUUGCCAAAAGGCACCUAAAGGACUCUCAGACCAUGAGAAACAAGAUUCUCUGGUCUGAUGAAACCAAGGUUCAACUCUUUACGCCUGAAUUUAAUUUUUUUUACAUUUACAUUUUUAGUCAUUUAGCAGACACUCUUAUCCAGAGCGACUUACAGUUAGUGAGUGCAUACAUUAUUUUUUUAUUUUUCAUACUGGCCCCCCCGUGACAAGCGUCACGUCUGGAGGAAACCUGGCACCAUCCCUACGGUGAAGCAUGGUGGUGGCAGCAUCAUGCUGUGGGGAUGUUUUUCAGCAGCAGGGACUGGGAGACUAGUCAGGAUCGAGGGAAAGAUGAACGGUGCAAAGUACAGGAAGAUAAUUGAUGAAAACCUGCUCCAGAGCGCUCAGGACCUCAGACUGGGUCAAAGGUUCACCUUCCAACAGGACAAAAACCCUAAGCACACAGCCAAGACAACGCAGGAGUGGUUUCGGGACAAGUCUUUGAAUGUCCUUGAGUGGCCCAGCCAGAGCCUGGACUUGAACCCGAUCGAACAUCUCUGGAGACACCUGAAAAUAGCUGUGCAGCAACGCUCCCCACCCAACCUGACAGAGCUUGAGAGGAUCUGCAGAGAAGAAUGGGAGAAACUCCCCAAAUACAGGUGUGCCAAGCUUGUAGUGUCAUACCUAAGAAGACUUGAGGCUGUAAUCGCUGCCAAAUGUGCUUAAACAAAGUACUGAGUAAAGGGUCUGAAUACUUACGUAAAUGUGUUAUUUCGGUUUUUUAUUUGUAAUACAUUUGCUAAUAUUUCUAAAAACCAGUUUUUGCUUUGUCAUUAUGGGGUAUUGUGUGUAGAUUGAUGAGGGGAAAGGAAAGUUUAAUCAAUUUUAGAAUAAGGCUGUAACGUAACAAAAUGUGUAAAAAGUCAAGGGGUCUGAAUAAUUUCCCAAAUGCACUGUAUCUGGAGUAAAAAAAUUAAUAUAUAUUAUUACAAAACUAAAUGUCAGAAUUACAGCAUAAUUGCUGAUUUAUUAUCACUGCUAUGCGUGUUGUUUGCUGGCACGGUUCUAGAAUCCAACAGAAAGUAGAUGUCUCCUGUGUGUCAUCCAUCCUGUCUGUGUGUUGUACCAGGGCCUCUUCAGGAUCGCAGCAGGGACCUCCAAACUGAAGAAGCUCAAGGCUGCUCUGGACUGUUCCACCUCACAGCUGGAGGAGUUCUACUCGGACCCCCACGCUGUCGCUGGUACGGUCAUAACCCCCACUCACAUAUUAUCAAUGUUUUAUACAUGUUUCAGAAAGUGUUUUCAAGUAAUGUAACUGAAAUGUUUGUCAGACCAUUGCUCACAUAAUUGUCCUUUCAUUCCAGGAGCCCUGAAGUCUUACCUGAGAGAACUGCCUGAACCUCUGAUGAGCUUCCAGCUUUACGAUGAGUGGAUUCAGGCGUCUAGGUAAGCCACCACCACACACCGCAUUCAAUAGCAGACAUCCAUUCAAUUCGGGCUCCCGAGUGGCGCUACGAACUAAGGCACUGCAUCGCAGCCGGCCGCAACCGGGAGAACCAUGAGGCGGUGCACAAUUGGCCCAGCGACUUCGGUCGCCAGCUGUACGGUGUAUCCUCUGACAUGUUGGUGCGGUUGGCUUCCGGAUUAAGCGAGUAGUGUGUCAAGAAGCAGUGCGGCUUGGCGGGGUCAUGUUUCGGAGGACGCAUGGCUCUCGACCUUCGCCUCUCCCGAGUCCGUACGGGAGUUGCAGCGAUGGGACAAGACUGUAACUUCCAAUUUGGAUAUCCCGAAAUUGGGGAGAAAAAGGGGUUUAAAAUGUUUUACUAAAGGAGAAGUUGUAGAAAUGAAAAGUCAAAAAGGAGUGAAAUUAUGGCAACCAUGAAACAGGUCUGUGAUUGUCCCUCUGUGUCUCUCCCCAGUGUUUCAGAGCCAGACAAGCGUCUGCAGGCCCUCUGGGUUGUGUGUGAUCAACUACCAAAGAACAACAAAGCCAACCUAAGGUGGGUUACAGAUUUUUUUUAUUUUACCUUUAUUUAACUAGGUAAGCCAGUUGAGAACAAGUUCUCAUUUACAACGGCGACCUGGCCAAGAUAAAGCAAAGCAGUGCAAUAAAAACAACAACACAGAGUUACAUAUGGGGUAAACGAAACAAAAAGUCAAAAAUACAACAGAAAAUAUAUAUACAGUGUGUGUGAAUGUAGUAAAUUAUGAAGGUAAGGCAAUAAAUAGGCCCAUAGUUACAAUUUCGUAUUAACACUGGAAUGAUGUGCAAAAGAUUAUGUGCAAAUAGAGAUACUGGGGUGCAAAUGAGCAAAAUAAAUAACAAUAUGGGGAUGAGGUAGUUGGAUGGGCUAAUUUCAGAAUGGCUGUGUGCAGGUGCAGUGAUCGGUAAGCUGCUCUGACAACUGAGGCUUAAAGUUAGUGAGGGAGAUAAGAGUCUCCAGCUUCAGAGAAUUUUGCCAGUUCGUUCCAGUCAUUGGCAGCAGAGAACUGGAAGGAAUGGCGUCCAAAGGAGGUGUUGGCUUUGGGGAUGACCAGUGAGAUAUACCUGCUGGAGCGCAGACUACAGGUGGGUGUUGCUAUGGUGACCAGUGAGCUAAGAUAAGACAGGGAUUUGCCUAGCAGUGAUUUAUAGAUGACCUGGAGCCAGUGGGUUUGGCGACGAAUAUGUAGUGAGGGCCAGCCAACGAGCAUACAGGUCACAAUGGUGGGUAGUAUAUGGGGCUUUGGUGACAAAACGGAUGGCACUGUGAUAGACUACAUCCAAUUUGCUGAGUAGAGUGUUGGAGGCUAUUUUGUAAAUGACAUCGCCGAAGUCAAGGAUCAGUAGGAUAGUCAGUUUUACGAGGGCAUGAAUGAAGGAGGCUUUGUUGCGAAAUAGGAAGCCGAUUCUAGAUCUAACUUUUGAUUGGAGAUGCUUAAUGUGAGUCUGGAAGGAGAGUUUACAGUCUAACCAGACACCUAGGUAUUUGUAGUUGUCCACAUACUCUAGGUCAGACCCGCCGAGAGUAGUGAUUCUAGUUGGGUGGGCGGGUGCAAGCAGCGUUCGGUUUGAAGAGCAUGCAUUUAGUUUUACUAGUGUUUAAGAGCAGUUGGAGGCUACGGAAGGAGUGUUGUAUGGCGUUGAAGCUUGUUUGGAGGUUUGUUAACACAGUGUCCAAUGAAGGGCCAGAUGUAUACAAAAUGGUGUCGUCCGCAUAGAGGUGGAUCCGAGCGUCACCAGCAGCAAGAGCGACAUCAUUGAUAUACACAGAGAAUAGAGUCAGCCCGAGAAUUGAACCCUGUGGCACCCCCAUAGAUACUGCCAGAGGUCCAGACAACAGGCCCUCCGAUUUGACACAUUGAACUCUAUCUGAAAAGUAGUUGGUGAACCAGGCGAGGCAGUCAAUUGACAAACCAAGGAUAUUUAGUCUGCCAAUAAGAAUGCGGUGAUUGACAGAGUCGAAAGCCUUGGCCAGGUCGAUGAAGACGGCUGCGCAGUACUGUCUUUUAUCGAUAUGGUUAUAAUAUCGUUUAGGACCUUGAGCGUGGCUGAGGUGCACCCAUGACCAGCUCGGAAACCGGAUUGCAUAACGGAGAAGGUACGGUGGGAUUCGAAAUGGUCGGUGAUCUGUUUGUUAACUUGGCUUUCAAAAACUUUCGAAAGGCAGGGCAGGAUGGAUAUAGGUCUGUAACAGUUUGGAUCUAGAGUGUCACCCCCUUUGAAGAGGGGGAUGACCGCGGCAGCUUUCCAAUCUCUGGGGAUCUCAGACGUUAUGAAAGAGAGAUUGAACAGGCUAGUAAAUGGCGGCUAAUUUUAGAAAGAAAGGGUCCAGAUUGUCUAGCCCAGCUGAUUUGUAGGGGUCCAGAUUUUUUAGCUCUUUCAGAACAUCAGCUGUCUGAAUUUGUGUAAAGGAGAAGCGGGGGGGCAUGGGCAAGUUGCAGCGGAGGGUGCAGAGCUGGUGGCCGGGGUAGUGGGAGCCAGGUGAAAAGCAUGGCCAGCCGUAGCAAAAUGCUUGUUGAAAUUCUCGAUUAUUGUAGAUUUAUCGGUGGUGACAGUGUUUCCUAGCCUCAGUGCAGCUGGGAGGAGGUGCUCUUAUUCUCCAUGGACUUUACAGUGUCCCAAAACUUUUUGGAGUUAGUGCUACAGGAUGCAAAUUUCUGUUUGAAAAAGCUAGCCUUUGCUUUCCUAACUGAUUGUGUAUAUUGGUUCCUGACUUCCCUGAAAAGUUGCAUAUCAGGGGCUAUAUCUGUUCUUAGUUCUGAAUUUUUUGAAUGGGGCAUGCUUAUUUAAGAUUGAGAGGAAAGCACUUUUAAAGAACAACCAGGCAUCCUCUACUGACGGAAUGAGGUCAAUGUCCAUCCAGGAUACCUAGGCCAGGUCAAUUAGAAAGGCCUGCUCGCUAAAGUGUUUUAGGGAGCGUUUGACAGUGAUGAGGGGUAGUCGUUUGACCGCGGACCCAUUACGGACGCAGGCAAUAAGGCAGUGAUCGCUGAGAUCCUGGUUGAAGGUGCAUUUAGAGGGUAAAUUUGUCAGGAUGAUAUCUAUGAGGGUGCCCAUGUUUACAGAUUUCGGGUUGUACCUGGUAGGUUCGUUGAUAAUUUGUGUGAGAUUGAGGGCAUCUAGUUUAGAUUGUAGGUUGGCCGGGGUGUUAAGCAUAUCACAGUUUAGGUCACCAAGCAGUACGAACCCUGAGGAUAGAUGGGGGGCAAUCAGUUCACAUAUGGUGUCCAGGGCACAGCUCGGGGCUGAGGGGGGUCUGUAGCAAGCGGCAACAGUGAGAGACUUAUUUCUGGAAAGGUGGAUUUUUAGAAGUAGAAGCUCAAACUGUUUGAGCACAGACCUGGAUAGUAUGAUAGAGCUCUGCAGGCUAUCUCUACAGUAGAUUGCAACCCCACCCCCUUUGACAGUUCUAUCGAGACGGAAAAUGUUGUAGUUGGGGAUGGACAUUUCUGAAUUUUUGGUGGCCUUCCUAAGCCAGGAUUCAGGGUUGGCGGAGUGUGCUAACGCAGUGAAUAACUCAAACUUAGGGAGGAGGCUUCUGAUGUUAACGUGCAAGAAACCAAGGCUUUUACGGUUACAGAAGUCAACAAAUGAUAACGCCUGGGGAGUAGGAGUGAUACUGGGGGCUAUAGGGGUUAACCUCUACAUCACCAGAGGAACAGAGGAGGAGUAGAAUAAGGAUACGGCUAAAGGCUUUAAGAACUGGUCUUCUAGUGCGUUGGGUACAGAGAACAAAAGGGCAAAUUUCCGGGCAUUGUAGAAUAGAUUCAGGGCAUUAUGUACAGACAAGGAUAUGGAAGGAUAUGAGUACAGUGGAGGUAAACCUAAGCGUUGGGUAACGAUGAAAGAGAUAGCAUCACUGGAGGCACCGAUUUGAGUCGGUCUCCGCGUGUAUGGGGGGUGGGACAAAGGAGCUGUCUAAGGCAGGUUGAGCUGGGCUGGGGGCUCUACAGUGAAAUAGUACAAUAAGAAAUAACCGAAACAGCAAUAAGCAAGGCAUAUUGACAUGGGAGAGAGGCAUAAAGCAAUCACAGGUGUUAUUCGAGAGAGCUAAGACAACAGCUGGUAAUGGAAAAGUUUGGGCUGAGACUAAACAUAAACAGGAUGCGGUACCGUAUAAAGGAACAGUCCAGCAGGCAUCAGCUGUAUAGCUGAGUUAUCAUAAGGUCCGGUGAACAGCAAUAGGAGAGUUCGGAGGUAGGUCGGGGACUGCUACAGCACUGGCGAGCAAGAGGCUCGGCUUGCUUGUGCUAGCGGGCCGGGGCUAGCAGAUGGCUCUUCGUGGUCGACGUCGUAACGGGAAGCCUGUUGAAACCACAUCAGACAAUUUUGUCGGCAAACCAGUCGUGUUGGAUUGGCGGGGCUCCGUGUCAACACUAGGAGGUCCCGUCCGGUUGACAGAGAGGUAGAUAGCCAGGAGAUGGGCCUGGCACGAGGCUAGCUCAAGGCUAACUGGUGCUUGCUAAGGGGCAAUGGUAAUUAGCCAACGACGAUGGACUGGUGUGUAGUAUGAAGAUAUGUUACCCUUUUUCUUAACAGCUAAUGUUUGUCUUACCUGUGCCUGUCUCUGUGUCCUGUGUUGUAGGUAUCUGGUGAAGUUCCUGUCCAAGCUGGCUCAGGACAGUGAGGUCAACAAGAUGACCCCUAGCAACAUCGCCAUUGUACUGGGACCAAACAUGCUGUGGGCCAAAACGGAGGGGUGAGAAAGAAGGAGAGAAAGGGGGAGAGAGGGGAGGAGAGAUGGGGAGUACUCACUAUUCAAACUGAAAAACUAAAGUUUGUGUUCACAAGUUGGUGUCAUAAUCCGGGUGUCCAAGUUGUGUAGUGUUUGUCUAUAACAGGGGUGUCAAACUCAUUCCAUGGAGGGCCUAGUGUCUGCUGGUUUUUGUUUUUUCCUUUCAAUUAAGACCUAGACAACCAGGUGAGGGGAGUUCCUUACUAAUUAGUUACCUUAAUUCAUCAAUCAAGUACAAGGUAGGAGCGAAAACCUGCAGACACUCGGCCCUCCGUGGAAUGAGUUUGACACCAUGUCUGCUCUGUGUGCCUGCAGCACUCUAGCUGAGAUGGCUGCUGCUACCUCUGUUCACGUGGUGACCAUCAUAGAACCCAUCAUACAACACGCUGACUGGUUCUUCCCUGAAGGUGUGUACAUAUGACCUUUGACCCUUCCGCUUUGACUGGGUCCUCAGGAGGGAGGCCCUUGGUCUCCUCCUGUUUACAGGGUCAUGAACAAUGAAAACUGGAAAGUCAUCAUAUUUCUUUUUGGUAUAAAUCUGAUUCCUAGGUUACUCAAAAAGAUGGAUCUGGUUUUUUUUCUUAAAUGGCCCCUAAAGGAAUUUUACCCGCCUGUUCUCCCCGUGUGCACAGAUGUGGAGUUUAAUGUAUCAGGGAUGUUCGCCAUGCCCACACCUCCUUCCAACCACAUCAACCACUCUAUGGAGUACGACUGUUCCACCAUCGAGAGGAAGAGGCCUGGUAGCAUGGUGGGACCAGAGAACGAUACCCUUCGCAAGGACAGGUAACCACCAAUAGCUGCACUCCAUCACUAGUAGGGUGGGGUGAAAGGUCAUAGACUGGUCCUGUACCUGCCAGUGCCCCUAGCUAAGGAUAUCAUGCUAAUUAAAUCAAAAUGAUUUUCACUUUUAUAAUGCAAUAAUAAUUAAUUUACACUUUGAAUGUUUGGUUUGAUUGGUAGCUUUGCUGAUUAUCACUACUUACAUGGGGGGCUUUUUUAAGCGUAUUUCUGGAUAUUUAGUGCUAUAGGCGUAUUUGUGGCUUUAGACUACAAAUCUACUUAACAUCCCUUUGUUUGGUGUGGACUACCUCUCGCUCUUUCUCUCUCGCUCUCACGCUCUCGCUCUCUCUCAUUCGUUCUCUCGCUCGCGCUCUCGUUCUCUCGCUCGCUCUCUCGUUCUUGCGCUCGCGCUCUCACUCGCUCUCUCGCUCGCUCUCUCUCUCUCUCUCUGGGACUUGGUGAUUUCUGUUCUGUGGGUGUCUUUCUCAACAUGGCUCUGCCGUCUGUCUCUCUGUCGUCUCCCCUCUCUCUGUAGUUCUGCUAACAAACUGUCGGACCAUAACACCAUCCCCCGUAGAGGCAGCAACACUUUAGGUAGAAAGCAGCAUGUUUCACCUGCCUUCCAGCCCCCCUUACCCCCGGUGGAGGCCCCAGGGCCUGGGCAGGUCACGGGGUGCGUGGCCGAGCUCCAGGCCCUGCCGGGGGGCAUGGCAUUGGAGGGCUGCCAGCCUAGCCUGGCAAUGGGUAUGGCUGCCCUGGUGGCAGCGCAGCAGCUUCUAGCUACUACCGCGGAGGGUCUCAGGUAAGGGCGUGGGUGUGUAGUGCACUGGGGAGCACAGACACGCAUGCCACUCCACUGCAUGAUAAAAAAAAACACUUUUGUAUGCAACUUUUGAUGAUGAUUUGUUGAUAAGGUGUGUGUGCACUGUUUAUGGUGAUGUCACAUUCUAAUUCAGAAAAUCUAUUGCAAACAUAUUUUAUUGAGUGGAAAAUGACUGGUAUGGGUACCACCAUGUUUAGCUAACAUUCCACUUCCUGUACUCUGUCAUAUGCCAAAGUUUAGCAUGACAGGAGUGGAAUGCUAGCUAAACAGACUGGUACCCAUACUAGAAAAUGACUACAGAGCAUAGAACGUGUGUGACAAUCCCACUCACUCACUUCUUUCUGACUCAUGUUUUCCUCACACUGUCUAACUGCAUUUUCCUCAAACUACUAACAAAUAAUCAUUAUAAUAACACUGUGGGUACAUCUCAGUUCAGACCACUGGCUCUGUUCAACAAUGGCUGCUGUGAGCCAGCCAUCCUCUGAGGGCCCUCACUCCUCUGCUCUCACACUAGAACACAUGGAUCAGCAGAAAACUGUUGGACAAAGCUCUGUCCUCUGAAAUGUUGUUUGGCCAUUAGUUCUGUCCUCUCAUUGAGCUUAUGUAACUUUUUGAAGGAUGUUUUUGAAUCCGUUUAUGAAAGGAUUCUAUUCAAUGUUAGUUCCAGACUGUUCUAUUGGUCAGAAUAUAGAAGGUAAACCAAAGAAACAGCCCAGUGCAGGACAAAAAGCUCACUCAACAUGCAUUAUAUUUCAUGGUGGACAUUUUCAUAGCUCUACACUAAUAUCUGAGUGCUGUACUUACAAUGGUGACCUCUGUUUGUUAAGCAACCCAAAGCGUGACCCCACCUCCACCCAGACCCUCCAUCAGUGGAACGGUUCAGGAGGGGGCCACCCGGGCACGGCCAGCCCAGCAGGAGGUGGAGGAGCUGGGGGACAGCUGGGAGUGGGAGGCCCUGGGACUGGAUCCAUGGGGCCCAGUCCACACAUGAUGCGCAGAGGUGAAACACUCACUCCUUAAAAGAAUUCAGCUCACCUUUAUUAGGUUGUUCAACAUUUAUUUAUAGCUACAGUACCAGUCAAAAGUUUGGACACACCUACUCAUUCAAGGGUUUUUCUUUAUUUUUACUAUUUUCUAAAUUGUAGAAUCAUAGUGAAGACUAUGAAAUAACACAUAUGGAAUCAUGUAGUAACCAAAAAAGUGUUAAACAAAUCAAAAUAUAUUUUAGAUUCUUCAAAGUAGGUACCCUUUGCCUUGAUGACAGCUUUGCACACUCUUGCCAUUCCCUCAACCAGCUUAAUGAGGAAUGCUUUUCCAACAGUCUUGAAGGAGUUCCCACAUAUGCUGAGCACUUGUUGGCUGCUUUUCCUUCACUCUGCGGUCCAACUCAUCCCAAACCAUCUCAAUUGGGUUGAGAACGGGUGAUUGUGGAGGCCAGGUCAUCUGAUGCCGCACUCCAUAAUUUACAUUACAUUUACGUCAUUUAGCAGACGCUCUUAUCCAGAGCGACUUACAAAUUGGUGCAUUCACCUUAUAGCCAGUGGGAUAACCACUUUACAAUAUGUUAUUUUUUUUAUUUUUAUUUUUUUAAAUUGUGGGGUAAGGGGGGGUAGAAGGAUUACUUUAUCCUAUCCCAGGUAUUCCUUAAAGAGGUGGGGUUUCAAGUGUCUCCGGAAGGUGGUGAGUGACUCCGCUGUCCUGGCGUCGUGAGGGAGCUUGUUCCACCAUUGGGGUGCCAGAGCAGCGAACAGUUUUGACUGGGCUGAGCGGGAACUGUGCUUCCACAGAGGUAGGGGGGCCAGCAGGCCAGAGGUGGAUGAACGCAAUGCCCUCGUUUGGGUGUAGGGACUGAUCAGAGCCUGAAGGUACGGAGGUGCCGUUCCCCUCACAGCUCCGUAGGCAAGCACCAUGGUCUUGUAGCAGAUGCGAGCUUCAACUGGAAGCCAGUGGAGUGUGCGGAGGAGCGGGGUGACGUGAGAGAACUUGGGAAGGUUGAACACCAGACAGGCUGCAGACAUGCAGAGAUGCGAUUCGCCACCUGGUUAUCAGAAGGGGGAAAGGAGAAGAUUAGUUGUGUGUCGUCUGCGUAGCAAUGAUAGGAGAGGCCAUGUGAGGAUAUGACAGAGCCAAGUGACUUGGUGUAUAGCGAGAAUAGGAGAGGGCCUAGAACUGAGCCCUGGGGGACACCAGUGGUGAGAGCACGUGGUGCAGAGACAGAUUCUCGCCACGCCACUUGGUAGGAGCGACCGGUCAGGUAGGACGCAAUCCAAGAGUGAGCCGCGCCGGAGAUGCCCAACUCGGAGAGGGUGGAGAGGAGGAUCUGAUGGUUCACAGUAUCAAAGGCAGCAGACAGGUCUAGAAGGACAAGAGCAGAGGAGAGAGAGUUAGCUUUAGCAGUGCGGAGAGCCUCCGUGACACAGAGAAGAGCAGUCUCAGUUGAAUGACCAGUCUUGAAACCUGACUGGUUUGGAUCAAGAAGGUCAUUCUGAGAGAGAUAGCAAGAGAGUUGGCUAAAGACGGCACACUCAAGAGUUUUGGAGAGAAAAGAAAGAAGGGAUACUGGUCUGUAGUUGUUGACAUCAGAGGGAUCGAGUGUUGGUUUUUUGAGAAGGGGUGCAACUCUCGGUCUCUUGAAGACGGAAGGGACAUGAGUUGAUGAGCGAGGUGAGGUAAGGGAGAAGGUCACCAGAGAUGGUCUGGAGAAGAGAGGAGGGGAUAGGGUCAAGCGGGCAGGUUGUUGGGCGGCCGGCCGUUGCAAGAUUUCAUCUGGAGAGAGAGGGGAGAAAGAAGUCAAAGCAUAGGAUAGGGCAGUGUGAGCAGGACCAGCAGUGUCAUUUGACUUAACAAACGAGGAUCGGAUGUCGUCAACCUUCUUUUCAAAAUGGUUGACGAAGUCAUCCACAGAGAGGGAGGGGGGAUUCAGCAGGGAGGAGAAGGUGGCAAAGAGCUUCCUAGGGUUAGAGGCAGAUGCUUGGAAUUUAGAGUGGUAGAAAGUGGCUUUAGCAGCAGAAACAGAUGAAGAAAAUGUAGAAAGGAGGGAGUGAAAAGAUGCCAGGUCCGCAGGGAGUCUAGUUUUCCUCCCUUUCUGCAUCCUUUGACUCUAUGUCCCCUAUCCUCCCGGCCGGCUCGGUCCUCCCCUCCUUCUUGGUCAAAUAGCCCUUACACAGCCUGGAGGUGUGUUGGGUCAUUGUCCUGGUGAAAAACAAAUGAUAGUCCGACUAAGCGCAAACCAGAUGGGAUGGCGUAUCGCUGCAGAUAUAGCCCUUGGUUCACCCCAGACUUGACUGCCCUUGACCAGCACAAAAACAUCCUGUGGCGUACUGCAUUAGCAUCGAACAGCCCCCGCGAUAUGCAACUUUUCAGGGAAGUCAGGAACCAAUAUACACAAUCAGUUAGGAAAGCGAAGGCUACCUUUUUCAAACAGAAAUGUGCAUCCUGUAGCACAGGAAGUUUUGGCACAGGAAGUAAAGUCCAUGGAGAAUAAGAGCACCUCCUCCCAGCUGCCCACUGCACUGAGGCUAGGAAACACUGUCACUAACGAUAAAGCAUUUUGCUCUGGCUGGCCAUUCUUUCCACCUGGCUACCCCUACCCCGACCACCAGCUCUGCACCCUCCGCUGCAACUUGCCCAUGACCUAGAAUAUGUGGACAACUACAAAUACCUAGGUGUCUGGUUAGACCAUAAACUCUCCUUCCAGACUCACAUUAAGCAUCUCCAAUCCAAAGUUAAAUCUAGAAUCGGCUUCCUAUUUCGCAACAAAGCCUCCUUCACUCAUGCUGCCAAACAUGCCCUCGUAAAACUGACUAUCCUACUGAUCCUUGACUUCGGCGAUGUCAUUUACAAAAUAGCUUCCAACACUCUACUCAGCAAAUUGGAUGUAGUCUAUCACAGUGCCAUCCGUUUUGUCACCAAAGCCCCAUAUACUACCCACCAUUGUGACCUGUACGCUAUUGUUGGCUGGCCCUCACUACAUAUUCGUCGCCAAACCCACUGGCUCCAGCUCAUCUAUAAAUUACUGCUAGGCAAAUCCCUGCCUUAUCUUAGCUCAUUGGUCACCAUAGCAAUACCCACCCGUAGUAUGCGCUCCAGCAAGUAUAUCUCACUGGUCAUCCCCAAAGCCAACACCUCCUUUGGCCGCCAUUCCUUCCAGUUCUAUGCUGCCAAUGACUGGAACGAACUGCAAAAAUCUGAAGCUGGAGACUCUUAUCUCCCUCACUAACUUUAAGCAUAAGUUGUAAGAGCAGCUUACCGAUCACUGCACCUGUACACAGCCCAUCUGUAAUUAGCCCACCCAACUACCUCAUCCACAAAUUGUUAUUUAUUUUGCUCAUUUGCACCCCAGUAUCUGUUUGCACAUCAUCUUCUGCACAUCUAUCAUUCCAGUGUUAAUACUACAUUGUAAUUAUUUUGCACUAUGGCCUAUUUAUUGCCUUACCUCCAUAACUUACUACAUUUGCACACACUGUAUAUAGAUUUUCUGUUGUGUUAUUGACUGUACAUUUUGUUUAUCCCAUAUGUAACUCUGUGUUGUUGUUGUUUUUAUCGCACUGCUUUGCUUUAUCUUGGCCAGGUCGCAGUUGUAAAUGAGAACUUGUUCUCAACUGGUUUACCUGGUUAAAUAAAGGUUAAAAAAAAAAGAAAAAAAAAAAAGAACAUGCGGAGAUCAUCCGUUCACCUACUCUGCGUCUCACAAAGACACGGCGGUUGGAACCCAAAAUCUCAACUUUGGACCCAUCAGACCAAAGGCCAUAUUUACACCGGUCUAAUGUCCAUUGCUCGUGUUUCUUGGCCCAAGCAAGUCUCUUCUUCUUAUUGGUGUCCUUUAGUAGUGGCUUCUUUGCAGCAAUUCGACCAUGAAGGCCUGAUUAACGCAGUCUCCUCUGAACAGUUGAUGUUGAGAUGUCUGUUACUUGAACUCUGUGAAGCAUUUAUUUGGGCUGCUGAGGUGCAGUUAACUCUAAUGAACUUAUCCUCUGCAGCAGAGGUAACUCUGGGUCUUCCUUUCCUGUGGCGAUCCUUGUGAGAGCCAGUUUCAUCACAGCGCUUUAUGGUUUUUGCGACUGCACUUGAAGAAACUUUAAAAGUUCUUGACAUUUUCUGGAUUUACUGACCUUCAUGUCUUAAAGUAAUGAUGGACUCUCAUUUCUCUUUGCUUAUUUGAGCUGUUCUUGCCAUAAUAUGGACUUGGUAUUUUACCAAAAAGGGCUAUCUUCAGUAUACCACCCCUACCUUGUCACAACACAACUGAUUGUCUCAAACCCAUUAAGAAGGAAAGAAAUUCCACAAAUGUACUUUUAACAAGGCACAACUGUUAAUUGAAAUGCAUUCCAGGUGACUACCUCAUGAAGGUGGUUGAGAGAAUGUGAAGAGUGUGCAAAGCUGUCAUCAAGGCAAAGGGUACCUACUUUGAAGAAUCUCAAAUAUAAAAUAUAUUUUGAUUUGUUUAACACUUUUUUGGUUACUACAUGAUUCCAUAUGUGUUAUUUCAUAGUCUUCACUAUGAUUCUACAAUGUAGAAAAUAGUACAAAUAAAGAAAACCCUUGAAUGAGUAGGUGUGUCCAAACUUUUGACUGGUACUGUGUAAUGGAUAUGGUAUCAUGAGGAAAUUUGAAUAAAGAAGCUGUUCUGUUCUUUUUCAUUAGUAAGCCUCUUAUUACAAGGUAAUGUGCACUAGUAGUUAUAGUGUUACAUUUGACAUAGAUUUAAAAGCAUGCUACACUGGAUGCCUAACUUUUGCAGAGUGUGAGACCUAUUCAUUUGAAUGAAACCUGGGUGUAAGCAACGCGGUUCCGUGAGAGGCGCUGGUUCUAUUUUUAAGAAUUGAACGCCUCAUGCCCAAGAACACUACAUAAAGUAUUUUGGGCUCUGCUCGGGCUGGCUAUAUUUUACGGGUCCAGUGUAGCAGCUAGAAACCCACUGUUUUUUUGACACCCCAGUGUAGCUCUCCCCUGUUAGACAUAGACGUGCAAUUUCAGGUAGCUUCAAAUAUAUGUAGACAUAAGAUAUAUUCUGAAGUCCACCUCUCUCUCCACUAUCCAGGUACAAAGAAGCUAGCCCCUGCCCCUCCCAAGCCGUCCAACCCCCCUUCAGGCCAGCCCAUUAACCCCACCAACCACCACCCCUCCUCAGGCCAGGGGCAGUCCCUCAGCCCCUCUCCCAGACCCCUCUCCUCCUCAAGCCACUCCCCUACCUCCCCCACCCUGCCCACACCCCAGCCCUCCACCACCCCUCGCCGCCACUCCAACAACCAGCCCCCCAUCCAGGCCCCCAACCACCCACCCCCACAGCCCCCCACACCCUCACAGGUCAGCCCCCCGUUCCCAACCCAGGGCCCUCAGCCAGCCCACAGGAGACCACCCGGGGGAGGAAUACUCUCCUACAGACACCCCCACCCCGCCUGACACACCUCCACCCUCCACCGUCCCCCAGGACAUACCCGGUGCACAUCCUGCCUCCACCUCGCCCUUCCAGUCAGGCUCCCUCCCCCGGCCACGCCCCGUCCCCAAACCAAGAAACAGGCCCAACAUUCCUCCGCCCCCUCAGCCCCCCACACAGGGAAAUGAUACCAAUGGGAUCUGCAGCACAGCCUACAAAAUCAUGGGUGAGUCCAGUCAAGUGAUGCUUUAUUGUCCCAUGAAGGGAGAUUAAUUUGGUUGUUGGCAACACGUCACAGAAGGACAUUAACAACUAAUUCUAAAAACAGACAUAGAACUGACACACUAUAUAUACAGUGGGGAGAACAAGUAUUUGAUACACUGCCGAUUUUGCAGGUUUUCCUACUUACAAAGCAUGUAGAGGUCUGUAAUUUUUAUCAUAGGUACACUUCGGAAUCAGGUGCAGUUAAUACAGGUAAUGAGUGGAGAACAGGAGGGCUUCUUAAAGAAAAACUAACAGGUCUGUGAAAGCCGGAAUUCUUACUGGUUGGUAGGUGAUCAAAUACUUAUGUCAUGCAAUAAAAUGCUAAUUAAUUACUUAAAAAUCAUACAAUGUGAUUUUCUGGAUUUUUGUUUUAGAUUCCAUCUCUCACAGUUGAAGUGUACCUAUGAUAAAAAUUACAGACCUCUACAUGCUUUGUAAGAAGGAAAACCUGCAAAAUCGGCAGUGUAUCAAAUACUUGUUCUCCCCACUGUAUAAAGUAUGUGGACACCCCUUCAAAUUAAUGGAUUCGGCUAUUUCAGCCACACCGUUGCUGACAGGUGUAUAAAAUCGAGCACACCGCCAUGCAAUCUCCAUAGACAAACAUUGGCAGUAGAAUGGCCCAUCCCGAAGAACUCAGUGACUUUCAAUGUGGCACCGUCAUAGGAUGCCACCUUUCCAACAAGUCAGUCAAAUUUCUGCCCUGCUAGAGCUGCCCCGGACAACUGUAAGUGCUCUUAUUGUGAAGUGGAAACGUCUAGGAGCAACAAUGGCUCAGCCGCAAAGUGGUAGGCCACACAAGCUCACAGAAGGGGACCGUAUCGCGUAAUAAUCGUCUGUCCUCAGUUGCAACACUCACUACAACGUUCCAAACUGCCUCUGGAAGCAACAUCAGCACCAGAACUGUUCGUCGGGAGCUUAAUGAAAUGGGUUUCCAUGGCCAAGCAGCCGCACACAAGCCUAAGAUCACCAUGCGCAAUGCUAAGCGUUGGCUGGAGUGGUGUAGAGCUCGCGCCGCCAUUGGACUCUGGAGCAGUGGAAGUGAGUUCUCUGGAGUGAUGAAUCACGCUUCACCAUCUGGUAGUCCAACGGACAAAUCUGGGUUUGGCGGAUGCAAGGAGAACGCUACCUGCCCCAAUGCAUAGUGCCAACUGUAAAGUUUGGUGGAGGAGGAAUAAUGGGAUUGGGCUGUUUUUCAUGGUUGGGGCUAGGCCUCUUAGUUCCAGUGAAGGGAAAUCUUAACGCUACAGCAUACAAUGACAUUAUAGACGAUUCUGUGCUUCCAACUUUGUGGCGACAGUUUGGAGAAGGUUUUUUCCUGUUUCAGCAGGACAAUGCCCCCGUGCACAAAGCGAGGUCCAUACAGAAAUGGUUUGUCGAGAUCGGUGUGGAAGAACUUGACUGGCCUGCACAGAGCCCUGACCUCAACCCCAUCGAAUACCUUUGGGAUGAAUUGGAAGGCUGACUGCGAGCCAGGCCUAAUCGCCCAACAUCAGUGUCCGACCUCCCUAAUGCACUUGUGGUUGAAUGGAAGGAAGUUCCCGCAGCAAUGUUCCAACAUCUAGUGGAAAGCCUUCCCAGAAGAGAGGAGACUGUUGUAGCAGCAAAGGGGGGACCAACUCCUUAUUAAUGCCCAUGAUUUUGGAAUGAGAUAUUUGACAAUGCAGGUGUCUACGUACUUUGGUCAUGUAGUGUAUAACAACAAUCCCUUUCAGUUUAUAGUAUUGGUUCAGUACUGCCUUCUCACUUGUGUAUUUUCCUCUAGUGUUGAAAGUACAUUGACAAUGUUUUAUCUCUAAAAGUCCUGUGUCCACAGGUUAAGGAGCAUCUAUGAAAGAGGUUUGUCAGGACUUGUAUUCUGCAGCUGCUGCACGUCAUCUGUUUCUGCAUUACUCCAUUACCACAACAUACUUUUAGAAACCUACCACUUGUGCCUGCUUUUCCAAUAGAUGUUUUAUCAUCGUUCUCAAUGGUCAUGAAUCAUCAUGACUUUCAACCUUCAUUAUUAAAUCAUUUAAAUGUCAGUAACAUUUUGAUGUAGGGUUUGCAAAGGACAUCUCUAAUUGGUUUGUCUGUAAAUUAUGAGAGGAUACCAGAAACUGAAAACCGAUUUGAUUCAUGGAAUUGGCAGAAUAUUAACUUUUUUUUAUUUGAUUCUGUCAGUAUGUCUUUUGCAAACCCUUCAAUUGCAUUUGCUCUCCCUCUGGAAAUGUACUUUUUUUUCAAUGAAUAUAUUUUGUUAAGUCAUUGUUUUCAUCUUGAUUAGAAGACUCUGAAGUGGACACCCUCCUUGUCUUGGCCUGUACUAUUGUACAUAAAUAAACAACAUCAGAAUAUCAUUAUAGUAUGAUCAGACCAUUUAGGGUAAAAGUACUGCAUCCCUAUGGUCUAGAGCUGGGUGAUAUGGACAAAAAUACAUAUCGCCAUAAAUUGCCUGAAUUGAUGCGAUAGCGAUAAAUAGAACGAUAUGUUUAAAACAUUAUUGUGCACCACCGUUUUUUUAAAUGAUCCUUUUUAAACUACUAAUACUAGUUUGACGGUUGUAGCCAUCAAUUGGCCCAUUAACAAUUACCCAGAUUAGCAAAGGUAUUUCAUUUCAAACUUAAUUUCUCUAGUACAGGCAAUUUAUCGUAAUGAACGAUAUCAGCAAAAUGCCUGUGAUAACUGAUCGGUAUGGUCGGUGUCGAUUUAGUUUUCGGUUUAUCUUCCCAGCUCUACUAUAGCCUGUCUUGUCUUGGUGUUUUAGUGUGGCAACCCAACCGCAUCAGGUUUUAGUGUGGCAACCCAACCGCAUCAGGUUUUAGUGUGGCAACCCAACCGCAUCAGGUUUUAGUGUGGCAACCCAACCGCAUCAGGUUUUAGUGUGGCAACCCAACCGCAUCAGGUUUUAGUGUGGCACCCAACCGCAUCAGGUUUUAGUGUGGCAACCCAAACCGCAUCAGGUUUUAGUGUGGCAACCCAACCGCAUCAGGUUUUAGUGUGGCAACCCAACCGCAUCAGGUUUUAGUGUGGCAACCCAACCGCAUCAGGUUUUAGUGUGGCAACCCAACCGCAUCAGGUUUUAGUGUGGCAACCCAACCGCAUCAGGUUUUUGUGUGGCAACCCAACCGCAUCAGGUUUUAGUGUGGCAACCCAACCGCAUCAGGUUUUAGUGUGGCAACCCAACCGCAUCAGGUUUUAGUGUGGCAACCCAACCGCAUCAGGUUUUAGUGUGGCAACCCAACCGCAUCAGGUUUUAGUGUUCCGGUAUGCAUGGGACAGGAUUGGGUUUAGAAGGUGCAUGCAGAAUAGUGAUGACAGCAGCAAUGUGGUUUUCAAAAGUGAAAUGGCUGCUUUAUAUUCCUUUAUGAUGGAACGUGGAUAGCAUCAGCAUUACUCUGUUGAAAAAUAAAUCUGUGGUCUCGGCAUCCUCUCUGAAAUGCUGGCACUUAACGCUACUUGAUGAUUCACUGCUAUUUUCUUUUUUUGAUCUUGAAGCCAAUGGAAAAUGGUCAACAAUGGUAGUAGAUUGCAUAGGUUGACGUCACUGUUUGGAUGUCAGGUCCUUCAGAUUGAGGAUGUGACAGUCUGUACUGGAGGUUGAAUUAGCAUUUUGCUUGUCUCUCUUUAUGCACAUCAACCAUGCUUGCCAAAACGUACUAACAUUGAACACAUAUUUUCAAGUCACUUUUUGAUGAUUUUAAAAUCAACUAUUUAGUUUUCCCCUUCAGGAAUUUCUAUUAAUUGAAUUCUUAGUACUUUUACUUUGUUAAUCCACGAUAUUUAGCUAAAGUAUGAUUCAGUGUCUGAUUUGAUACAAUCACUCAACAAACUACUACAGCUUAAGACUUAACAGUAACUCCUCAGUCAGCUGGAGCAGUAACAUUUCACUCUCUCUGUCCUGUCCAGACCCAGUGCUGUCUCUCAAAGGGUUGACCCGAGCCUUCGUCCCUGAGUUUGCUGUGGACCAGCAGCCAGUGACCACCCCCUCCAUGGCCCCCAUGACGCCCGUGCCCCAGCCCAAAGACUCAGACCUGGACACAGAAAGUACCGUCCUAUAA